AUGAAUCAGUCUAUUUCUUCGUUGAUUAAGCUUAAAUUCCUUCAAUCACACAGUAACGAUAAAAAUGGCAACAAAAAGGGCGGAAGCAAUGUUUCAACAGGCAUAGAUAAAUUAAGAGAGUCGGAAAGUUAUAGAAGUCCUUUUCUUCAACUCGCAGAAAUACAGGAACACACUAAUAAUGACGACGAUAAACUUGAUGUAAAAGAAUGCGAGCCCACAAAAAAACACAGCAAACUAAGCAGGAUACGGCGUAAGAUGGGUAGGUUAGACUUGAAUUUCAGGUCAGCCAAUGAAAAGGGUUCUGAAGAUGAUGAAAUCUUGGUUGCACAACACCUCCGUAAUGGACAAGAUCCUGAAGAAAUGCCUUUCAAAUCAGAAAACAACAUAGAUUCGAUAGAGAAAGUUCCCAAGCCCGAUGGUGAGAGAGUCACGCUUACUAGCUCCGGGUCUGAUAACGUAAAGAGAAAUUCAAAACACGCCCCAUUCAUUCCUGUGAAACCUGCUCUAGAAAAAUUUCCUUCUUCUAAUAGAUUGUCAAGAGAUUACAGAAAAUCACAAGAGCCUACCCUGUUUAACGGUGAUAGAUUAGUUCCUACUCUUCCUACUGUGAGUAGGAUAUCGACAUCUUCUUCCGUCGGUUCCUCUACAGCGGCUUCAAGAUAUUUCAAUCCGUCCAAAAGAGCUGUUGUUGCAUCAUCAUCAUCAUCGUCGUCGUCAAUAAAAUUCAAUUCGCUGCACGCAAUACCACUUGAUGCAACUCCUCAAAUUGAAUUGGCAAAACAACAAGAUGAGAUCUCCAAAAGGAGGUUCGGAAGAAGGCGCAGUAGAACUGUUGACGUAUUUGACUAUAUUAACAAAAACAAUACAGCAAAGAACAAACCGCCACUCUCUCCAUCUUCUUUUAUUAGGACUAUUGACGAGAAAAAUACAAAUUCUCUUAUGCAAGACCCCAUGGGAUCCCGCGGACCUCUUUUGCCCGAUGAUGCCAAUAUUAUAAGCAAUGAUACAGAUGGAGCGGAAGCAAGUCACCCAGACCAUCAGGUUUUAUCAAGGUCUCGAUCUCAAAGUACGUCUUUUGUUCAAGGCAAGGGCGGCAAGAGAAAAUCAAUUGAAGAUGAAGGCUACCAUAACAAAUUGGGCCUACCUCAUGGAUCAGGCCCUACUUCAGUUUACAACAAUAAAAGCAAUGCCAAUUCAACUAUUACUGGAAUGUCAAGAAGAAGUAGCUCAAUUGUGAAUGCUUUAAGUAGUUUUGUUAACCUUCGCUCCUCCAGUUUAUCAUCCUCUAGGCAACAGCACCUUCAACAACAACAGCAGCUACAACAAAAACUGGAUGUCUCGCUGGAAGAUCUACCACCGGUUCCCGCGCCUGAAUUUAGUGAUUCUUGUAAGGACUUCUUGAUUAAAUUAGCGCCCUACGGAAAGUUCAUUGGGAUCAUUUUAACGGAAAAAGAUGAUGAGUUCAAAAAAAAUUGUUUAAACUACCUAUUAACGAAUUGCUUCGAAUUUAAAAAUGACCCUUUAGAUAUUGCCCUGAGGAAAUUGUUGAUGUUUUUAGAGCUUCCAAAGGAGACGCAGCAAAUUGAUAGAUUGAUAAUGGCUUUUAGCUUUGCAUACUAUAAGGCCCAAAAGAGCUAUUCUAAGAAAAAAGGAAUUGAGUGCCCCUGGUCUAAUGCAGACCAGGUGUAUUUUAUUGCAUUUUCCUUACUAAUGUUGCACACUGAUUACUUUAACCCCAACAAUAAAAGCAAAAUGACAAAGCAUGAUUUCGUGGAUUUAGUCCAUAAUGACAAAUACUCAGGAGGUAAUGAGAUCCCUAUGGCCGUUUUGACAUAUUUUUAUGAGAAUGUGACAGCCAAAGAGUCGCCGAAAUUUAAUUACUUUUUGAUGUCACCAAUGGCGUUGGACGAUAGCAUCCUUGAUAAAGAUGCAUUUGACACAAAUUUUGCUAUCACAUUAUCUUCGAAUUCGAUGUAUUCUCCCAUAGACAUGAUAAAAAGGGGGAGUAUAAUACCCAAGGAAGCUUCCCUUUCCCCAAUCUUUUAUCCGCUAACGAAUUCAAUUAGUGCAUCUGGUAUUGCCCCAUCUACGGCGGCUUCUUGCCCACCAAGUACGUCGGGUACUAUAAACGGGGCCAACCUCGGAACGGCUAACAGUAAUAGCAAUAGACCGGCUUCUAACUCAAUAUCGUCUUAUUUUUCAUAUAAUCCAAGCUCUAGUUCUAGCGGAAAUGCUACGUUAGUUCAAGAUGACAUUAACGUUUAUUCGCACAUUAUAAAUGAUACAUUAAAUGAAGUAAAUCUAUUUCCAGAAGUCUCAAAAUAUUGGAAUAAGAAUGCUCUGAAGGCAAAUUUGUUGAGAAAUGAAGAACAUAAAUACGAAAAAUAUUAUAGUAUUAUGAAUGAUACUAAAGGUGGGUAUUUACGCUUUCACAAAAGUCAAUUGAAUAAACUGAAUUUACCUAAUUUUGAAAUAUUGAAUGAUAAUAGCCGGUCUGGAUGCAAGAACUCCGAUUAUAAGUAUUGCAAAAUCCUUCAAAUGGGAGCAAUAAUGAAUUUGGGGAUGCCCAGUAGAAAAUUUUCUAUUGUUAACUCCGCUAAAAUUCAUUGGAAAAAGGAAUUUGCCAUAUUAACAUCAUUGGGGCUUUUGAUCUGCGAUAAAAUGGACUGGAUAAAUCCACAGAUGAUGAAGGACCCAAAAUCAGGAACUACAAACUAUAUAAUUGAUUUUAAAUCAGGAUUUUCUUUUGUUCCGGGAAGUACGAUUGACGUGUAUAACGGUUUAUUUGCUGAUAGGGAGCGAGAUUCACUUGGGAAAUCUCAUUUCGCAAGUUUGGUACUUGCGUAUACAGAGCAUCAUUCUACUGGGAGUCAUACAAGCAACACAACUGCAGCAAGUAGCUCCGCCAAACACAAUGAAGGAGUCUUCGAGCCAUCUUCAGAUGAAGAGGAUAGCAUAACGAAUUCUACUGAUGGUACGAGCAGUGUGAGUAACGGCGAGAGUGACAACGAUAGUGUUUCUAGUUCAGAUAAUCAACUCAGUUCAAAUGACAGUAAUGAAGAUUAUCAUUCCAUUAAGGACGAGUAUCCGAUUUUCGAAGACGAAAAUGCCGAUUGUCUAUUAUACUUACAUACAUGUCAUCGAAAUUUUAUCUGGAAAUGUGCUAAUAAGUAUGAAAGGGACAACUGGAUCGAUUCUAUCAAUCUAUUUUCAGCAUAUGACGGAUGCUAUGUGGAAAUUGGUAGUAUAGCAAACACUAUUUGUAAUAAGAGAAAGCUUACCAUUUUGCAGAGGAUGGAAAGACUUAGGUCUAUAAAAUCAGCCAAAUGGGAGAAAUUGAAAAAAUUUGAAAGCACUCUGAUGCUUAUGGGAAAAUGUGUUCCUAUUAGCACAAAGACUAAGACAGAUAUGAUAAACCGCAUAAGACAGCUGGCUGUCAGAAUGGACUGGUUAAUCUACGAAAUUAAGAGAAGCGAGCUGUUUGUAAGUAUCAUAAAAGAAGUGACUCGCAAGCAGGCUGAAAAGAAUAUCUUAGAGCAUGGUAAAGGAGAAGAGGAGGGGCAAGGCAAUAACGACGAUAGUGAUGGUAUAGAUGAUAUAGAGGAAAGCUUCUUAUUCAACGAGAACAGUUUGCAAGUGUGCGUGAGCGACAGUAGUUACGACGAAUAUAGUAACGAAUAA